UGCUAAAGAUACAGAACAGAUGGCCGUACUUUGAAACAUUUAGUUUUUUAGCCCUACAAGCAGCAAAAAAGUAAUCUCGCAUUCGAAUUAAAUUAUUGGCAAGAUACACUCUCAUUGCAACAAGUAGUCGCUUUUAACCUCAUGCAAAGAUGAUAAAGUUUAUUUUGAGAUGCUGGUUAUUUUCUUGUAUUUGUUUUGUCAUCACAAAUCAACAAAAUUCAACAAGAAACCGCCAAAGAGAUUCUAAUGUAAUGUCAGCAAUCCAGCAAAUGCAAAUUCAACUGAAUGCAAUAGAAACAGAAAGCCAGCGUCAGAGUUCACGCAUUCAAGAAGUCUUGAGAAUCUCCACACGGUUGGAAGCCCAGAGGCAAGAACUGAUCGCAACUCUAGACAGAUCUGAAGCGCGAUUGUCACAAAGACUAGAAGAUAUUAAAGGAGAUGCAAGAAAGAUUAUGACUUUACAAGAUGUUACAAGAGAGGAUGUGGAUAAAAUGCAACAGAACCAACUAUUAACUAAAGUGUGGAUAGAGGAACAAUUUCGCAGCCUUGGACAUACUGCUAGCCAUACAAGACCUGAGACGCCAAUUGAUGCGGUUACCAAUACAGAAGCAGUGGCAAAUCUUCAAAUUCUACAAUCUACAUUACAGGGAUUAAGACGAAUGACUGAUACAAUACAGUCAACCAUCACCACUAUCAAAAUAAAUGUCACAGACAUAAUCAAUAUUACAAGAUCAAUACAGAAGUAUGAAAAAGAAUAUCUGGUAUCCAAAACAUACCUCCAGUCAUCUUUGCAAAAUACUCUUAACGACAAACUGGAUUUGAUACCCAACAUAGGAUGGACAAAUCACAUGAUUCAAGCAGAUUGCCCCGGCACCGAGAAAGAAAGGUUUCCGAGGGAUUGUUCAAAUCUGCCACAAGAAAUGAAAAAUGAAUCUGGAGUUUACCUUAUACAGAUGGAUAUGGCACAAAGACCAAUUUUUGUGUAUUGUGAAAUGGAAGUUGAUGGUGGUGGAUGGACGGUUUUUCAAAGACGCCGAGAUGGAUCUGUGAAUUUUUUUCGAGAGUGGCAAGAUUACAAGUAUGGUUUUGGAAAUAUUGGUGGAGAGUUUUGGUUAGGGAAUGAAAAUAUCUAUCAGAUGACUCAUCAAGAUUUGUAUGAAUUGCGUGUUGAUUUGGAAGAUUUCGAUAACGAAAAAGCUUUUGCAAUAUACAGUGCUUUUGCUGUAGGCAGCGAAAAAGAAAAAUACAUGUUGAAACUUCUAGGGCCUCUUAAAGACGGGAAUGCAGGUGAUGGUCUGACGUAUCAUGCCUCAAUCCCCUUUUCGACUAAAGACUUAGAUUACGAUCUGUGGGAAGGAGGACAUUGUGCCCUGGAUCAUUCAGGAGGGUGGUGGUACAACCAGUGUGACGCUAGCAACCUGAAUGGCAAAUAUCUUCAGGGAAUUAAUCCAAACGAAUAUCAAGGAGUGUAUUGGCAUGAGUGGCAUGGUCCAAGCUAUUCUCUAAUGGCCACCCGUAUGAUGAUUCGACCCACACAUCGAAGGUCAAUUGGGUCGUUAAAAAGUACAGAAUUUUCUACAACUGUUGAUCCUUUUGAUUUUUAGAAAACUUGUUUUUUUUUUCUCUCUGUAUAAUCCUUUUUUGUCUUAACAAUUGCGGAAUAAAAUGUAAAAGAAUUGAAUAGAA